AUGGCACCACUUACAUCACUUCUCCACUUAGCAUCGGUAUUCUGCCACCUCCAAUCGGACCUCCACCUCCGAUUCGGACUUAGGGGACACCGGCGCCUUGUUAUCUUACUCCAAUCUACUCUCCCUACCUCCAUCCGUUCUCUACCGACCUCCGUCCGAUCUCUAUCUGAUCUCCGUCCGACCUCCAACUCCGAAAUCGAGGACACCGUCGGGAUCCUCAGGGUGUUGCCAAUAGCUUCGCCGAAGUCCUCACCCCGUGUCCGCCCAGCUCCGACCCCGAACCCCGGAAUUCCGGAACUCCGGCAGCAUAGUCCUAACAACCACCUGGACUAUGACUCUCCAGAGGAUGAGCACAAUUGGGAUGACGACGGAGGCAGCCGUGACAAGUUAUACGUCAUGUGCGCCGAAUUUGUCUUCAUGACUCCGAACGAGGAGAAGGAGACGGUUCCGUCUUCCAUCCAAUAUGAUGCGAAGCGCAUCCUGCAAUCCUUCCAACUGGAAGCUACGACCGCACCCACCAAAUCCCUCAAGAAUGUGUGGCUGUACAAUUCCCAUAUAUACCGACUGAAAGAUCCAAAGAAUCAACCCGUGUGCGACCCAGAAGCCCAGCAGCCAAUAUGCAUUGAGAUGAUGAUUAACAGCGUGCCUGCGUACACCCUGAUUGACAUGGGCUGUACGAUGGUGGCCAUGUCACCAGGACAGGCCUUCAUCUCCAAGGCGGAUGGAAUCGAUCUGUAG